AUAAUAACUUUUGAUGAUAAAGGAAUCUCGGGGCAUUCGAAUCAUAUAUCUACCUUCUUUGGGGCAAAGAAAUUUGUAAGUUCUGUCCAAGACACCACGGAAUCCAGGAUAAUCCCGCUAUACAAACUCACCACACCGCGUCGUUGGAUCCCAAAUCUCAGCAUUGAACCAGCUUCCAAUCAAAUCUCAGAAUUCUACCGAAUCCCAAGCACAGCUCCCGAGUUCUUUGAUGUUCGUGUCAUCAUUUCAACAAUUUGUCAAAGCAAGGAGCUCCAUGAAGUGUCACGAAAGUCAACUUGUUUGGUUUAG